AUGGAAUUCGCUGGUAGAGGAGUGGCAAAUGUUGCUUAUGGAGUUGGAUCAGUUGUUAGUGGUGGAGUUGGAUUAGCUGCUAGUGGAGUGGAAUUGGUUGGUAGCGUGGUGGAAAAUGUUGCUCAUGGGGUUGAAUCAGUUGCUAGUGGUAGAGUUAGAUUAGCUGCUAGUGGAGUGGGAUUAGUCGAUAGCGUGGUGGAAAAUGUCGCUCAUGUGGUUGGAUCAGUUGAUAGUGGUAGAGUUGGAUUAGCUGCUAGUGGAGUGGAAUUGGUUGGUAGCGUGGUGGAAAAUGUUGCUCAUGUGGUUGGAUCAGUUGAUAGUGAUAGAGUUGGAUUAGCUGCUAGUGGAGUGGGAUUAGUCGAUAGCGUGGUGGAAAAUGUUGCUCAUGGGGUUGGAUCAGUUGUUAGUGGUAGAGUUAGAUUAGCUGCUAGUGGAGUGGAAUUGGUUGGUAGAGGAGUGGCAAAUGUUGCUUAUGGGGUUGGAUCAGUUGUUAGUCGUAGAGUUAGAUUAGCUGCUAGUGGAGUGGAAUUGGUUGGUAGUGGAGUGACAAAUGUUGCUCAUGGAGUUGGAUCAGUUGUUAGUGGUGGAGUUGGAUUAGCUGCUAGUGGAGUGGAAUUGGUUGGUAGUGGUGUGGCAAAUGUUGCUUAUGGAGUUGGAUCAGUUGUUAGUGGUGGAGAUGGAUUAGCUGCUAGUGGAGUGGGAUUAGUCGAUAGCGUGGUGAAAAAUGUUGCUCAUGGGGUUGGAUCAGUUGUUAGUGGUAGAGUUGGAUUAGCUGCUAGUGGAGUAGGAUUAGUCGAUAGCGUGAUGGAAAAUGUUGCGAAUGGGGUUGAAUCAGUUGUUAGUCGUAGAGUUAGAUUAGCUGCUAGUGGAGUGGAAUUCGCUGGUAGAGUGGUGGAAAAUGUUGCUAAUGGUGUUGGAUCAGUUGUUAGUGGUGGAGUUGGAUUAGCUGCUAGUGGAGUGGGAUUAGUUGGUAGCGUGGUGGAAGAUGUUGCCUAUAAAAUUGGAUCAGUUGUUAGUGGUGGAGUUGGAUUAGCUGCUAGUGGAGUGACAAAUGUUGCGAAUGGGGUUGGAAGGGUUGCUAGUGGUGGAGUAGGAUUGCUUAGUAGUGGAGUGAAAUUAGUUGGUAGCGGGAUGGAAAAAGUUGCGAAAGGUGUUGGGUGGGUUGCUAGCGGAGGAGUUGGAUUAGUUGGUAUUGGAGUUGGAUGGGUUGCUAGUGGAGUUGGAAGGGUUGCUAGUGGAGUUGGAGGGGUUGCUAGUUGGGGAGUAGGAUUGCUUAGUAGUGGAGUGGAAUUAGUUGCCAAUGGAGUUGGGUGGGUUGCUAGUGCUGCCGUUGGAUCGCUUGAUAGUGGAAUGAAAAGUAUUGCGAAUGGCGUUGGGUGGGUUGCUACUGCUGCAGAAGGACUAAUUAGAAGUGGAGUAGAAAUCGUUGGAAGUGGAAUAACAAAUGUCGUGAAUGCUCUGAGGUGGGUUACUAGUGGUGGGAUGACUUCGUUGAUGGCUCAGAGCUGUAGCCAUGCUGAUGCACCGCCAUUACGAAUAUUAUUGAACCAAAUUCCCAGUCGUGAUAAAAGUUUUCUUUUAGGUGAAUUUAAUGCCCAUGUUGGAUCAGAUUACCUUUCUUGGUCAAAUAUUCUUGAUAAGCGUGGUGUUGAAAAAAAUGGACUCAAAUGGAUUCUUGCUAUUAAAACUGUGCACUUGCACUUCGUUGGUGUUAAAGAUACGGUUUCCAGUUGA